ACGAGACGUGUGAGAACAAACGACUGGAGAUGUGAGUAAAGCUGACACACCUGUGACAGGUAUGGCUGCAGCCAGCGGAUAUAACCUGCAGCAUCCGCAGGCCUGACAGCAAGGGGACAUAACUUACAGGUAAAAUGUCAGGAUACCUGAUCUUAAUUCUUCUUUGUGCCGUGUUAAGGCAGACUGCUGCCCAAGCGCUAUGUCGUAACCACUACUGCAUCAGUGACGCCACGUGCGUCAACAACAACACCUGCAGGUGCAAUAACCCGCCAUUUUCACGAGGAGAUGGACGCUUCGCUUGUUACAGACAAAACACCGUGGACGCUGAGGUAAGGAACGACCCGACCCUGACGACGUUUAACCAGGAGACGGUCAACUUCCCCUACCCCUGCCGCUACCUGCUGUCCCACGUCAAGCAGGAGUUCAAGCUUUAUGGGACGGUCGUUGGAUACUGCGAGUUUCAGGUCCACGCAUUCAAUGCACGAGAUUUCGGCAAGUUUUAUGCUGAAGGUUUCGAGGUGGCCGUCAAAGUCACAUACAACGGCGUGUAUGGCUUCUCUUCAACUACCUGGGGAGACACCUCUGGUGUGACGACCAAGGAAAACUUUAACAGCUACGCCCCAAACGGCCCCUUCAAUGAUCCCUACUCCGGGGCGUCGAGAAACGUGCCAGCCUCGGGCGGCGUUCUCAUCAAGACCUUUUACAACACUGUUAACCAGCAGUAUGUCUUCCAGGCGGAUCAAUGCGGGUUCAAGCUGACCUUCACACCCUACGACAAGGUCGCCCGGAUCAGGUCUCCCAGAAUCCCUGGCAUUUCUCUCGCCAUCAACUGCGCUCAUCAUCCACAGUGGCUGUCCAACUGGCAGGUGAUGGGUCUGGCACCAACAAGCCAGGGCGGUAAGCUGAUCGCGGCCAUCCAGGCCAUGUACCCCACCCUCAACCCCUCCAACGCCAUGCUACAGCGUGCCUUCACCAGAGGCGUCGUCCAGAACCAGCCAGGUGCUAGCCAGAAAUGUGUCUCUCUGGGCACGAGCCUGAACUCCUGCAGCAACACGUCACUGACCAACCUCUACAACAGCGCUGGCUGGAUCUUCACCACCCCGACCUUCGUCCGGUGUCUGUCUGCCAACGACCCAUCAUCAGAUGCAGUGCUACAACUCUUCCAGCUGCUGUCUGAUUUCUUCUGUAACGGCACGUGUGUCAAGGCCCAGGUGCAAACUUUGAUUGGCAGCUGCUCCCCUAAUCCACCCGCUAAUCUCAUUAGCUUGCUCGCUCUGCUCUGCUGACCUGCCGACUGACCUCUUGACCCGCUGACCUCUUGACCCGCCAGUCUAGCUACUCAAUGUGUCCUGAAUGUUUAUGUUUGAAGUAAUAAAUGAAGGUGUCCGACACAGUU